AACUGGCACCGGGGCUGUUAUGUCAUUCUUGUGCUCUCUCCAACGAACUAUAAAUGAGAUUUUCUUCCCUGGCAUUCCCUCGGCCUCCACUCCCCUCCCGAGGCCACCAGCCAAUCGCACCUCAGCCCGGUCCCUCCCCUGCUCUGAUAAAUAGCAGCGGGGCUCGUGGGGAGGCUUGUAUCUGCCCGGCUCUCCUUCCCCCUGCAGAGUCUCUCCUCUCACCGUGACCAUGUCUCUGAGAACCGCCAAGACCACCGGCUACUCCAUGGCGCCCCCCUCCAGGGGCCCAUCCCAGGGCUUCAGCAGCCGCUCCUUCUCUGGCUACGGGAGCCAGGCCGGUGGCAGCUACGCCGUCCGCAGCUCCUACGGGGGGUUGGGCAGCAGUUCCGGGGGCGCCGGGGGGUUUAAAGUGGCCGGCGGGGGGUCCGCACAAAGAGGAGGCGGAGGAGACUUUGGCUACGGGUGCUUCGGAGGAGGAAUGGGAGGCGGCGUGGCCCACGAAGCCCCCAUCACCGCGGUGACGGUGAACAAGAGCCUGCUGGCCCCCCUGAACCUGGAGAUCGACCCCGACAUCCAGGUGGUCCGCACCCAGGAGAAGGAGCAGAUCAAGACCCUCAACAACCGCUUCGCCUCCUUCAUCGACAAGGUGCGCUUCCUGGAGCAGCAGAACAAAAUGCUGGAGACCAAGUGGAAGCUGGUGCAGGAGCAGACCUCGUCCCACUCCAACGUGGACGCCAUGUUCGAGGCCUACGUGUCCAACCUGCGCAGGCAGCUCGACAACUCGGGCCAGGAAAAGGUCAAACUGGAGUCUGACCUGCAUCACGUGACGGGCCUGGUGGGGGACUUCAAAAACAAGUACGAGGAUGAGAUCAACAAGCGCAACGAGUGUGAGAACACCUUUGUCCUCAUGAAGAAGGACACGGAUGCAGCCUACAUGACCAAAGUGGAGCUGGAGGCCAAGAUGGAAGAGCUGACUGAUGAGAUCGAGUUCCUGAGGCAGAUCUAUGACACAGAAAUCAACGAGCUGCAGAGCCAGAUCAAGGACACGUCUGUCGUGGUGGAGAUGGACAACAGCCGCGACCUCGACAUGGACGCCAUCGUCGCAGAGGUGCGCGCCCAGUACGAGGACGUCGCCAACCGCAGCAGAGCCGAGGCUGAGUCCUGGUACCAGACCAAGUAUUCAGAGAUGCAGCAGUCGGCAGGAAAACACGGGGACGACCUGAAGUCCACCAAAGCUGAGAUCGCUGACAUGAAGCGCAGGAUAAUGAGGCUGCAGUCUGAAAUCGACAUGGUGAAGUCACAGCGAAACAAUCUGGAGGCCCAGAUCCGAGAGGCCGAGGAGCGCGGCGAGCUGGCGGUGAAGGACGCCAAACUCCGCAUCAGAGACCUGGAGGGGGCGCUCCAGAGAGCCAAGCAGGACAUGGCCCUCCAAGUCCGCCAGUACCAGGAGCUGAUGAACGUCAAGCUGGCCCUGGACAUCGAGAUCGCCACCUACAGGAAGCUGCUGGAAGGAGAGGAGAGCAGGUUAGCAACUGGAAUCAAGACCAAUAUAUCCAAGCAGACGUCUGUGAACUACAAUGCCUUCGGCCUGGAGAGCUCCCGGACGCCGUCCCACGUCAGCUGCUCCUUCGGGGGAGUCAGAGCGAGCAGCACCACCGUGACCAAGACAGAAACCGUGGUGGUCAAGACUGAGGAGAAGAAGGAGGAAAAGGAGGAGGAGAAGGAGGAGGAGAAGGAGGAGGAGAAGGAGGAGGAGGAGAAGCAGGUAGCGACCGAGGAGCCGGCGGCCGUGGAGAAGAAGGAGGAGAAGCAGCAGGAGGAGGAGGAGGAGGUGGAGGUGGAGGCUGAAGCUGUGGCUGAGGAGUGAUGUGUUUAUUCACGUUUUGUCAGAUUUAUGAUUGAUUUUGGUCUCGGAAGCAUAAAAAUAAGCACACAGACUCUGCGUUGUCAUUUAGUUCUUUACCGACGUGCCUUCACCAAACAAUGUUUCUUCUGCCAGCAUCUUUAGUUCAGAGCUCCUGCACGAGGAGGUGACGAGAGAUGAGUCUUUGUUCAGGUUUCUGUAACUCCUUUUUGUGUCACUGCCCUGUUUUAGCCAGCAGGGGGCGCUGGUGCGUGUGUUUUCCCUCUGCAGUGCCAUCUUGGUUGAGUGAGUCAGAGCCCAAUACUAUAAUAAUCAAUAACGCUGAUUUGGGGAAAUAAAGUAUGAACUCGUGAUGCUCGACCUGCUGUAAGAGAGUCCUGUUGGCUCCGCAAUAAAUGUUCCUCAAACCAUUUGAGGUGUGACGUGUGUGUUUGUUGGAUUGUGAGGUUCCAUGCACGUUGUGUGUAGUUGCACUUGAAAAACUGUCAUUGAAACAUGACAAACCUCACACA